AGAAAUUAACAGUUAAAUGGAAUGUUGUCAGAUUUUUAGAACAGUGUUAACUUUUCUUCUGAAUUCUCUCUUUUGUUUCUGUUUUUAAUCAGAGCCUUGAAGAAAUCAAGGAAUAUCGAGAGAAAAAGAUGAACAGUCCAUGGAGGGAUAGGCCAAUCGCAGAAUCAUUGAAGUUUUGAUUAUAUGAAGUGGGGGUUGAUUGAUGAGGGCAUGGCAACACUUGGGAUGAAGCAAGAUAUGCAGAGUGAGAAUAAAAAUAUGUAUGACUUGAUAGCUUAUCGUAUUAAGGUCACCCCCAUCCACGUUCGGGUGACAACUGGUGUAUAUAUCCAAGUUAUGAUUAUGCUCACUGCAUUUUGGAUUCUCUUGAAAACAUCACACAUUCACUAUGCUCGCUUGAAUUUGAGAUUCGUCGUCCUUCAUAUAUACUACUGGUUAUUGGCAGCUUUGGGCCUUUAUCAGCCAUAUGUUUGGAAAUACUCACGGUUAAAUAUAUCAAAUACAGUGAUGUCUAAGCGCAAGUUGAACCGUUUAGUUACUGAGAAGUGGGUGGAUGGAUGGGAUGAUCCCCGUCUAAUGACACUAGCUGGGUUGAGACGGCGAGGAGUGUCUGCAACUUCAAUUAAUGCUUUCAUUUGAGGAAUUGGAAUUACAAGAAUGUUGAGAACUGUUUGUAUAUUCCUUUUAUCCUUUCUUGUGAUAUGUUUUCUGAUUGUGACAUUGUCAGUGAAUCUUUAAGUGACAGUUCAAGCAACAUUCUGACACUGCUUUUUGAUUUUUUUUUUUUUUGUGUCACCUUUCUUUGUCCUAGAAAAAUAAUGUAGUAGUCCAUUCCUUAGUUAUGUUUCGUGCAUUA